GUCGAUCUAAAACUCCAGUUCCAUAUGUACCACAAGGUGAUUUUCGACGAACAAUUUUACAAAUAUAUCAUGAUACAGCAGCCAAUGGUGCUCAUUUCGGAAGAAAUAAAACUUUAUAUAAAAUUAAACAACGUUACUUUUGGCCAUCUAUGUAUAAAGAUGUUGAAAAUUAUAUUAAAUCUUGUAUUCCAUGUGCACAAUUUAAUCCUCGUCGUCAAAAAACUCCUGGUACUUUACGACCAAUUAAACCUCCUGAUGGAGUAUGGCAAUUAGUGUCAAUGGACUUUCAUGGACCUAUUACUCCAACAUCACAACGGGGAAAUAAAUAUAUUAUAUCUCUUACUGAUGUUUUAUCAAAAUUCGUCGUUACAAAAGCUGUACGUGAUAAUACAACUCAAACAGCUGUACGAUUUCUUAAAGAAGAUAUUAUUUCAAAAUUCGGAACACCUCGUUGUAUUCUUACAGAUAAUGGAACACAUUUUACAUCAACAUUUAUGAAUGAAUUAAUUAAACAAAUUGGAGCAACACAUUUAUAUUCUACACCAUAUCAUCCUCAAACCAAUGGUCAAGUUGAAAGAUACAAUUCAACAAUGGAUGCAAAAAUUGCAGCAUUAUCAAAUUUACGUAAAACCGAUUGGGAUGAUCAAUUACCAUUUGUUACGUUUAAUUAUAAUGCUUCAAUUCAUUCAUCAACAAAACAAAUACCAUUCGAAAUGAUGUUUGGUCGAUUACCUGUUUUACCAUUCGAUUAUCAAGAUCCAAAUGUUACACUUACACAUGAUUCAGAACAUGUUAAAAAACUUAAUCAAUUCUUAUCAAAAUUAAAUGAACAAGCAAAACUUAAUAUCAUAAAAAAUCAAGAACGAUACAAACAGCACUAUGAUAUAAACCGUUCUGAUCCAUUAUACAAUAUUAACGAUUUGGUUCUAGUUAAAACACUCAAUAUACGUCACAAAUUUGAUAUUCGUUAUGAAGGACCCUUUAGAAUUAUUAAAAAACUUACAACAAAAACCUUUAUUGUACAGCACGUCAAGAAAACGACAUUAUAUCGUCAAGUUACCACAGACGUGUUAAUUCCAAUAGUUGAACGACUCUAUUAA